AUGUCCGGCGAUAACACCAUCGAAGACGACAUCAUCAUUCCGGCAGUAUUCCUGUACAAUAAAGAAGGCCUUACAUUCAUGGAACAUCUGCUUCACUAUCCGAAUGCCCUGGUACGCCUGUCUGACCGGCCUGCAAACCCAGCUUAUUUGUUCGAGAAAUUUAUCGUGGAAGGCCAGUACAGUUAUCCCACAAGGAAAAUGGAUCUUCUGGAAAUAGUCGAAGAGAACGUCGAACAGAUGCAAAAAUUGUACAGCGCGCCAACACUUGCUGAAACGGUGACUUUUUACAAUGUGAUUCGGCAGGUGGCUUACUGGCAACUCGGCCUGAACACGAAACCCACCCAGUCCAGUAUCCGUAAAUUCCUUGUAUCG